AUGUCCAUGCGGCUUCAUGCUUCCAACCUUCUCUCCAAAAUCAUUCACAAACCCAACCUAACACCCUUUUCACACCCAUUUGCAUCCACUGCACUCGCUCACUCCACCUCACCCUCUUUCUCUGACACACCCUCUUCCAAACCCGUUUCACACCCAUCCACUCUCCACGUCCUCCAAACCCUCCACCAACACCCCUCCGAUGCCCUAGCCUCUUUCACUCACCUCCACCCCAACGGCUUCCCCCACACCCUUUCCACCUACGCCGCCAUCAUCAAAAUCCUCUCUUUCUGGAACGACCCCAUGAAACUAGACUCUCUCUUCCUCCACCUCAUUACUCUCUCCAAACAACACCAUCUCCCCUUUCAGCUCCUUCACCUCUUCGAAACACUCUUCCAGGACUUAAACCACCACAACCAUUACUUGCUCAGAGCUUUUUAUGGCUUUGUCAAAACCUGUGUCAGCCUCAACAUGUUUGAUGAGGCCAUUGAUUUCCUGUUCCAAACUCGGCGCCGCGGAAUUGUCCCUGAUGUUCUCACUUGCAACUUCCUCUUCAACCGGUUGGUGGAACACGGCGAGGUGGAUAAGGCACUUGCUGUUUAUGAACAACUCAAGAGGUUUGGUUUCAGACCCAAUUGCUAUACCUAUGCAAUUGUCAUCAAGGCAUUGUGUAAAAAGGGUGACUUGAAGCAACCCCUUUGUGUUAUUGAGGAAAUGGAGAGAGUUGGAGUCGCCCCUCAUUCGUAUUGCUAUGCUGCUUAUAUUGAAGGGCUUUGUAAUAACCAUAGGUCUGAUUUGGGGUAUGAGGUGCUGCAGGCUUUGAAAAAGGGGAAUGCCCCUUUGGAGGUUUAUGCAUACACUGCGGUUGUUCGCGGGUUUUGUAAUGAGAUGAAGUUGGAUAAGGCUCAGGGUGUGUUUGAUGACAUGGAGAGGCAGGGGGUGGUUCCUGAUGUGUAUGUUUAUUCUGCGUUGAUUCAUGCGUAUUGUAAGAGUCAUAAUCUGCUCAAGGCUUUGUAUUUGCAUGAUGAGAUGAUUUUGAGGGGUUUGAAGACGAAUUGUGUGAUCGUUAGCUACAUUCUGCAUUGUUUGGGAGAGAUGGGCAUGGAUUUGGCUGUGGUGGAUCAGUUUAAGGAAUUAAAGGAAUCCGGGAUGUUUCUUGAUGGGGUUGCCUACAACAUUGUUUUUAAUGCUUUGUGUAAGUUGGGGAAGGUGGAGGAUGCGACAGUGAUGUUUGAAGACAUGAAGAGCAAGGGUGUGGCUUUAGAUGUUAAGCACUACACAACACUUAUCAAUGGAUACUGCCUUCAGGAUGAUCUCGUUAAUACGUUUAGGGUGUUUAGCGAAAUGAAGGAUAAGGGUUUCAAGCCUGAUAUUGUAACAUAUAAUGUAAUGGCAGCUGGGUUAUCUAGAAAUGGUCAUGCUCGCGAGGCAUUAAAGCUUUUGGAUUGUAUGGAGAGUCAAGGCCUGAAGCCAAACUCUACUACACAUAAGAUGAUCAUCGAAGGUUUGUGUUCAGGGGGAAAGGUUUUGGAGGCUGAGGCGUAUUUUAACAGUCUGGAAGAUAAGAGUGUUGAAAUCUAUUCUGCCAUGGUUAAUGGCUAUUGUGAGGCGGACCUUGUCAAAAAAUCCUAUGAAAUUUUCCUUAAGCUGUCAAACCAAGGAGAUAUGGCUAAAGCUGCUUCCUGUUUUAAGCUACUUACUAAGCUCUGUAUGACAGGUGACAUUGAGAAAGCUGUUAUGUUGCUGGAGAGAAUGUUGUCGUCAAAUGUAGAACCUAGCAAAAUAGUGUAUUCAAAAGUUUUAGCUGCACUGUGCCAGGCUGGCGAUAUGAUGAAAGCUCGCUCUUUGUUUGACUUUUUUGUACACAGAGGAUUCACUCCUGAUGUUGUAAUUUACACAAUUAUGAUAAAUAGUUAUUGUAGGAUGAAUUGCUUGAAAGAGGCCCAUGACCUCUUCCUGGAGAUGAAGAGGAGAGGGAUCAAACCUGAUGUCAUUACCUACACAGUUUUACUUGAUGGGAACUUGAAAGCAAAUUUAAGAAUGCGUGUCACUCCUCAUGGAAAAGAAAAAAAUGCAUCAUUGAAUGUUUCCACCAUAUUGAGAGAUAUGGAGCAAAUGGAAAUAAAUCCGGAUGUUGUUUGUUACACUGUGUUGAUUGAUGGACACAUGAAGACAGAUAACUUUCAAGAAGCAGUAAGCCUCUUUGAUAAAAUGAUUGACAGUGGACUAGAACCUGAUACUGUAACAUACACUGCUCUGGUCUCUGGCUUAUGUAAUAAAGGGCACAUGGAAAAAGCUACCAUACUGCUUAAUGAAAUGUCUUCCAAGGGAAUGACACCAGACGUACAUAUCAUAUCGGCAUUAAAACGUGGUAUUAUAAAAGCUAGAAAGGUGCAAUUUCAUAAGUAG